UAGGAAGAGGAAGAUAAGGAAGACGCUGGUCUGUACAGAUGGGAUGUGUAAGGCUGACGGGCAUGAAGAGUGAAUCUAAAGAGUUGUUGAGCGAUGAGACGGCUGGGGACACCUUUGGUCCUGCUGCAAGCCCUGAGCACAGGGUGGGGUGUAUGUCCGUUAUGGGCAUGUUACUGCUCGGGGUCGGUGGACUGCUGUCUGUCCUGGCUGCAGGACCACUGCACGCUCAUUGCUCAGUCACAUGGACUGUAGACAUCCCAUGCUUCGAUGCCUCCUCCCUUCUGGUAAACCAGAUAAAAGAGUGGACAACAGAUCACUGUCCCCUGAAGAGCCAAAAGUGUCUGUUCUCUCUGACAUCUGUAAUUGGUGAUGAUAUAAUUGCCACUCACACCACUCCAGUAAUGAGGUUCAUUGAUGACAUCACAUUUAACUUCAGCAGCACAAGCUCAGACAGCUGUGAGAUUAAGGGUCACUCUACAUCUCGUAGUUGGUACACCAUAUUAGAUUCAGGAAGCAACUACCUGAAUAUGUACAGUCUUAUGAGAGCCAGUGGUCUGUCCUCAGCACCAAGCUUCACUGAGUCCACCAGUGACCGAACGUGUACACAAUACUCCUCCAUUAGACUGAAACUGAACUCAUAAAUGUCACUUCUCACUCAUGCUAGACCCAGCGAUGUUCUCACAUUAGUACUAGUUACAUAAAUAACUUGUUCAAUGAACCCUGAAGAGCCAGCAGGAAUAUCUUCUAACAAAAUCACACAGUUAUGAAUAAUGCAGUAUUCACUAUACAUUCUGAUGUCAAUCGGCCAUUCUUGGUUCAAAAUGGCAAUGAGCCCUGGAUUUUUAAACCAUGGUUACAUGAGUACCAACAAUAUCAUAAGGAAAAAAUAAUUCUUAGGAUUGCCUUGAAAGGUUGUCAGAGAUGAUCACAAUGAUCAGCUCAGACUUUCUGGAGUGAAAGAAGAGCUAAAUGAAGCCCAUAUGGAGAAGUGGAAUGUUAUGUUUGGGGAUGUUAUACUGUUGAUAUGGUGAUGACGUCCACCAUACAGUUGGCUAGCCACUGCUUAGACAAGGUAGCUCCCUGAGUCCUACCGCAAUACAGGAUAAACAGUUGAUCUUAGGAUCAGAUGGUUGCCAGCAGUAACACCAUAAGGCACAUACUGGGCUCAGAAAACAAUGCCCUACAGGCUCAUCCUCAAUGUACUCUUCAACAGUUUCACAUUCAAUGCAAUAUUUAAAUUUUUCACCAGGGAGUCAUUCAAACAUUUUUACUCAGCAAUUGGAUAUUCGCAUGUGAGUAUUGUGCUUUAUCUGGUGAGACCAGCAGUGAUGUGACACCAGCAUCAACAGCAGGCAUGAAGCUAAAACUGACCUAUUUGUGCUUUAUUGUAUUAGUGUCAUAAGAGUGUUAGCGUUAUUAUAAGUGUUAAUACAUAUACAUUUGUUUGUGUAUAAUUUUUUUUAAGACAUUGUUAAAAAACAGCAUUCAAUGUUGUGGUUGGGUGGUAGGUAGUCAUCAGUCUGGAAAAACCUCCAUCCAUAAUCUAAUAAAGUGCAAGAAGGAUGAGUGACCACUGAGGCCUGGGGAAGUCUUAAGAGCUAGUUGGUGUUUUUCUCUUAGGGGCAAAAUAAAGCAAAUAAAACUCAGCUACUAACAAAAUAACAAGUAUUUAUAAUGACAAGUAUUUACUUUUUUAUUUGCAAAGAAUUCAGCAAAUUAUAUUCACCCCUACCUUCAGUAUUAUGGGCUUUUUGGUGUAGCUGCAUGAGAGAUAAUCUGAAAUAUUGUUAUGCGGGGAAUCAGAAUGUUUUAUCGCAAUUCUCUUGUGUUUUUGACACUGCACUAAAAGCUUGAUAAAAAAAUGCUACUACUGAUCUAUAAAGCAGUGAAUGGCUUUACCACACAGUAUCUGAUUGUUUCGUUUAUCAUCAUCCAACAUGGCUGCAUACUGUCAUUUUUCAUUUAACAAGAUUUUUUCUUCUCUCUCUCUCUCUCUCUCUCUCUCUCUCU